AUGAUAGUCAUCGAUCAGAUUCGCCAGCUUCUACAGGUACAGCCAGUACCAUCAAGAUGGCAUCUCUUCGAGUGGUGUGAUUUGGCUAUAACGCCGUCAUUUAUCAAGCACUGUUGCCAGGAUAUGCUUACUGCUCAAUGGACACGCAAACUUCCGAUUAUACAAACGACAGCUCCGGCAGAAUUGGCAGCUAGACUCAUACAUUCCUUUCUCGAUGAUUUUCCAGAUAUCGACACAGAGCAGUAUUUCGUGAUCGACUUUUGCUCUGGAGCAGGAGGUCCCACCCCUGUGAUCGAAAAAUCAAUAAACAAAACCCGAACCCGCUUAAACCAACCACCCAUCCCCUUCCGCCUCUCCGACAUCCAUCCGAACCUCGACGCCUGGAUGCUCUUAUCCUCCCACUCUGCCAACCUAUCUUUCAUCCCUCAACCCGUAGACGCCACCUCCCCUUCUUCCUCUCCUCCCCUUGUCAUCUCCAAAACCUCUUCUGUGUCAACAUCCACAGGCGAUCAUAAAUCCAUUCACCUCUACAAUCUUGCUUUCCACCAUUUUGACGAGGAAAAUGCACAGAGUGUCAUGAAGGGAGCUUUGGAAACUGCAGAUGGGGUUUGUAUCCUCGAACUUCAGGAUAGGAGUUUGGGCAUGUUGGGACUUAUGUUGCUUGAACCUUUUCUCCUUUUCCUCGUCACAGUAUUCUGGUUCUUGCAUCAUCCUUUACAUAUUCUUUUUACUUAUGUUUUUCCUAUCUUGCCGUUUGUGCAGGCUUGGGAUGGGGUGGUGAGUUGUUUGCGUACACGCACCUUUAGAGAAAUGUUGGUAUUGGUGGAAAGUGCUUUGGGCGAAAAAGCGAGGAUUGUGGAAGAUAGAGCUGCAGCCGGAGUGGGCGAGAAGAUCACUGUGGCAGAGUGUGGUGGGUGGAGGUUUGUGGGUGUGAGGAGGUUGCAUACUUGGCCUUUUGGAUACAUGAAUGCUUUUCUUGCGAGGAAAGAGGUGUGA